CGAAUACGUACAUUUCCCAGCAUUCCAUUUCAAUGUCCUUUUCCGCCAUUUUUCUUACAGUGCAGGUUUUUCCGUGCCUGGGACCAGACUCAAUAUGCCAGGAAGACUGUGGAGCAAGGCUAUCUUCGCCGGGUACAAACGUGGCCUGAGGAACCAGCGGGAGCACACUGCCCUGCUCAAGGUGGAGGGAGUAUACACACGGGAUGAGGUCGACUUCUACCUGGGCAAGCGCUGCGCUUACGUCUACAAGGCUAAGAAGAACACAGUGACUCCUGGUGGCAAGCCCAACAAGACGCGGGUAAUCUGGGGCAAAGUCAUGCGCGCUCAUGGCAACAGUGGAAUGGUGCGGGCCAAGUUCAGCAGUAACCUCCCCGCAAAGGCCAUGGGACACAGAGUCAGAGUGAUGCUGUACCCGUCUCGUGUGUAAUGUGCUGUUUUUGUGUACAUACAAUAAACAAGUCAGGUCCACAA